GGUAAGUCGGCAUUGAACCACUACUGCCCACAUGAUACAACGUCGUCGUUUGCUUGUUGGUCGUCUUCAUCAGCAUUCUACGUUAAUGGCGAAUUCAGCGCUAGCUUUCGAUCCUCCUCCCGCAGACUCCCAAUCAAAAUAGGCUUAUGUUCCAAUAAUGCAAUACUAAGCAGAGACCUACUCGCAAGAUGUGUUAUUGUGUUGCUUCUGUUAACCAGAAAUCUAGCUUCAAAUGGAGGAAAAAGUGGGGAAUGACCAGAAUCUUGACAAAGUUGAAAAUUCUCCACAAAUGGGAUCUCUAGUGCAAUGGAGCCAAUGGCAGCUGCUCGAUUCCAUACUUCCUACUGGUGGCUUUGCUCAUUCUUUUGGUCUUGAGGCUGCAAUUCAAGCUCGUCUGGUCUCUGGGCCUGAAGACCUCCGAGCUUAUGUUAUACAUGUGCUACAGAAUACUGGAAGCCUGCUUCUUCCUUAUGUAUACUCCUGUACCAUCUUUCCCCAUUUGGAAAUGUGGCACAAGCUUGAUAGAAUGUUGGAUGCAACACUAACAAAUGAAGUUGGUCGUAAGGCAUCGACCCUACAAGGGUCUGCACUUAUGAGAGUAGCUGCUGCUGUUUACUUGGAAAUUCCUUCCCUGAAGUCUAUGAGGAAUGCAUCUUUAAGUAGUGGGACUGUAUCUUUCCACCACGCCCCCAUCUUUGGACUUGUCUGUGGACUUCUUGGAAUAGAUGCUGAAACUUCUCAGAAGGCUUAUAUGUUCAUAACAAUGAGAGAUGUCAUAUCUGCUGCUACUCGGCUAAAUUUGGUCGGUCCUUUAGGAGCCGCUGUGUUGCAGCAUCAGGUCUCCAUUGUUGCGGAAGACAUAUCAAAGAAAUGGAUGAACCGUGCUGUUGAGGAAGCCUGUCAGACAAGUCCUUUGCUUGACACAGUCCAGGGCUGCCAUGGCUAUUUGUUUUCUAGACUCUUCUGCUCUUAAAAGCUAGAGUAAGUCUGAUCUUUCUGCCUUCUAUUAGAAAGUCUGAUCUUUCUGCUUUAUAUUAGAGUUUCCCACUUUAGCUUCGUCAGAAUGAUGAGUUGCUAAUCUCAUUCAAGGGUCCCAGUAGAUGGAAUCCUAUUGUAAAUCACAGUUUUAGCCUGUUGAGGAAGACUUUGGCUCAAAACAAGUUUCAAGAUCAAUGAGUGUGAAGGAUUUUCCACCCAGAAAGAUUUGCAAACUUUUGAAACAAUCUGAACGGGAACUUAUCCUUCCUGAAUAUUGAGAAGUUGCCCUAUUCGAAUUUCUGUAUUAAGUCAGGAUUAAAGUGCCAUCAUGUCAGCGAUUAGGUACUAGAUCUGUCUCUGUUUUUCCAAAUUUUUUUCCUCUUAAUAGAUAGGCCACUUCAUAGGGGUCAUACUUGCUAGUUUGUCGGGUUUAAGCGACACAAUUUUUACGUGUGGUUAUCCUGUUAGAUCUCAAAAGUGUGUAAUAUAUCAAUUUUGAAUAUUAAAGGGACCAACCAGAAAAUCCAUGUUGACUUUUUGUA